AUGAUUGGCCUACUCAAUGUAGAAGAACAUAUAUUAUAUCCAUCAAGUAUUCCAUGCACUUGGGAUAGUUCAUUCAAUUCAAUGACUAUGGCAAACCAUAAGCAAAAUCAAUUAUUAGAUUACAUUCUCAUACAUAAAGAUCACACGUUGAAUAAUUCUGUCUGGUUUAACUUUAUCAUCGAUGCUAUGGCACCAGAACAAUGGCAUUUACUCGGUGCUAAUCAAAUGUUUUACAAUACACGUAAUAUUCCAUUAAUGGAACUUUCCGAUCAUUAUCCAGUGUUCGGCUUUUUUAAUUUAAACGAACACCAAUGGCCUGAAAAGCCAUCAGGUACUCUUACAUAUGUNUCUCAUACAUAA